CUUGACAAAGUCCUCGCAUUUAUAUACAUCGGACCUUGCAACUCUAUGGGUAAAGAAUUUGCCAGAACACCAUUUUUAGUAAGGCGUAACAAGGUUGCUGAAGCGUUAGAGUGGUUAAAGCUAAACCACAAAGAUUACAUGGACUUGAACAUCUCCUAUGAGAAUCUCAACACCUACUCAGAGAAUGUUCCUCCUGUGAUCAUAGACUAUCAUGAUGGAUAUAUGAACAAGGCUCCAGAAGCUACUGUGAUAAAUGAUGUGGAUCCGGAUGAAGGUAUCAUGAAAGGUCCCUGUCCAUUCAUCAUUCACGGUCUCAUCAGGGAUGCCUACGUUAACCUCUUAGCAGAUGAUUAUUAA